UCGGCACCGGGCUGGGAUCGGGACCAGGACUGGGAUCGGGACCGGGCUGAGAUCGGGACCAGGCUGGGAUCGGGACCAGGACUGGGAUCGGCACCGGGCUGAGAUCGGGACCAGGACUGCAGCUGGGACCGGCACCGGGAGCGGAACUGGGACCAGAGUGGAGCUGGGAUUGGGAUUGGGAUUGGAGCUGGAAUCAGGACCGGGACACAUCUGGAAUCGGAACCAGAGCUGGGAUUGGGACCGAGUUUGGAGCUGGUGUUGGGACCGGAGCUGGGAUCGUGACUGUGACCAGGACCAGAGCUGGGCCCGGGAUUGGAGCUGGGAUCGGAGCCGGGAGUGGAUCGGGACCGGGCCCGGGUCUGUGCCCGCCGGGGAGCGAUGGCAGCAGCCGAGGGGAAUAAACUUUGGGGUGGAAGAUUCAGUGGAAGCACAGAUCCUAUCAUGGAGAUGCUCAAUGCUUCCAUUAGCUACGACCAGAGGCUGGCUGAGGUGGAUAUCCAGGGGAGCAGGGCUUAUGCCAAAGCCUUGGAGAAGUCUGGAAUCCUAUCUAAAACUGAGCUGGAGAAGAUCCUGGGUGGCCUGGAAAAGAUCUCUGAGGAAUGGUCCAAAGGAGUCUUUGGUGUGAUCCAGACUGAUGAGGAUAUCCACACUGCCAACGAGCGCAGGCUGAAGGAGCUGAUUGGAGACGUAGCUGGGAAGCUGCACACUGGCAGAAGCAGGAAUGAUCAGGUUGUGACUGACCUGAAGCUGUUCCUGAAGAAUUCCCUCUCCAUCAUCUCCACACACCUCCUGCAGCUCAUUGAGACCCUGGUGGAACGUGCUGCCAUAGAAAUCGAUGUGAUCCUGCCUGGCUACACCCACCUGCAGAAAGCUCAGCCCAUCCGAUGGAGCCAGUUCUUGCUCAGCCAUGCUGUUGCUCUGACCCGGGAUUCUGAGCGCCUGGGAGAGGUGAAGAGGAGGAUCAAUGUCUUGCCUCUGGGAAGUGGAGCUCUGGCUGGAAACCCCCUGGGAAUCGACAGAGAGCUGCUGUGCAGUGAGCUGGACUUUGCUUCCAUCAGCCUGAACAGCAUGGAUGCUGUCAGCGAGAGGGACUUUGUGGUGGAAUUCCUGUCAGUUGCCACCCUGCUGAUGAUCCACCUCAGCAAGAUGGCUGAGGAUCUCAUCAUCUACAGCACCAGCGAGUUCGGCUUCCUCACCCUCUCUGAUGCCUACAGCACUGGCAGCAGCCUGAUGCCUCAGAAGAAGAAUCCCGACAGUCUGGAGCUGAUCCGCAGCAAAGCCGGGCGAGUGUUCGGCCGGCUGGCUGCAGUUCUCAUGGUCCUCAAAGGACUCCCCAGCACCUACAACAAGGACCUGCAGGAGGACAAGGAGGCCGUCUUUGAUGUCGUAGACACCCUGAAUGCUGUGCUCCAGGUUGCCACUGGAGUGAUUUCCACCCUCCAGAUCAGCAAGGAGAACAUGGAGAGGGCACUGAGCCCGGAGAUGUUGGCCACUGACCUGGCUCUCUACCUGGUUCGGAAGGGAAUGCCCUUCAGACAAGCCCACGCGGCCUCAGGCAAAGCCGUCCAGCUGGCCGAGACCAAAGGCAUCACCAUCAACAACCUCAGCCUGGAGGAGCUGCAGAACAUCAGCCCCCUGUUUGGCAGCGACGUGGCGCAGGUGUUCAGCGUGGUGAGCAGCGUGGAGCAGUACACGGCCGCGGGCGGCACCGCCAAGAGCAGCGUGUCCGCCCAGAUCGAGCAGCUGAGGGAGCUGCUCAAGAGGCUCAAGGAACAGGCUUAGAGUGUGGGGAGAGAUCCCCACCCCUCGGUCUGUGUUGGAGUCUGAAACACAAAGUGUGUGCCCUUGUCUCUGAUGCCUGGCUCUGAGAUCCAGGAGAACACUGAAUUUCAUAGAAGGUGAAAUUUAUAGGCAUGUUUUCGUGGUGUUACAUGAAAACAAUCAUUACAUUUAAAUAAAAAAGCUUAAAGUGUGAGUGUGUAAAUUAGAAAGUUUUCUUAGGUCACUAGGUGAAAGAGUUAAACUAGUUUAAAAAAAUAGAAGACAAGAUAGAGAAUUUAAAGUGUUGUCUCUUUUUCUUCUUCUUUCUUCUUCAUUUUCUUCUUCUAGAAGUUUUUGAGUAAUAAUGAGUGAUUAGAUAGAAAAUGCCGCAGUGCAGCACACAAGUGAUGGGUCAUUGAGUCAUUAAGAAAAAUAAUAUACGUGUCUGUUGUUAAUUAGAUACAAAUAAAUAUAAAAAUAAAAGAACUGCAUAGUUUGAGGCCAUUUUGUGCCUUGAGAGCUAAAGUGAGCCAAAAGGCAAAAUGAAUUAAACUUGUGCAAAAAAAGUCUAGAAAAGCCUGCCAAGUUUUGUAAUAACA